GUGUGUGGUAUUUAGCGGGAGCGCGCGGCGGGCUCGAGGACGCGCGAAACGGCGGCGGCGGCGGCGGCCAGGGGGGAGCCGGGGCGGCCGUUGCGGGGCGCGCUCUCGAGCGGCGGCGGCGGCGGCGGCGGCCUAGUGUAUCCUGUCUGUCUCGGCGCCGGGUAGAGGCGGUGGCGCUGCCCGUGGUGGCGGGGGUUGGCGACGGAGCGCGUUUGAGCCUGGACCGGGGUCCGAGGCGCGCUCUCCGCCCACAGCUGUUCGCUGUUGGGAGCACAGGCUCUGAAGUCAGACCGCCAGCUUUGGUUCCAGUCCUGCCCCACCGGUUUGUGACCUUGGGCAAGAUACUUAACCUCUCUGACUCCUUUUCGUUAUCCGCAAAAUGGGUGAAAUGACGGUACCUUCCUGAAGCAUUGUUGAGAAAAUUGAUGAAAUGAUAAUAGGUGAAGAGCUUAGAGCAGGCCCAUAAUAAGUGCUCAAAAUGAGCCGUCAGACUGCUACAGCAUUACCUACUGGUACCUCAAAGUGUCCACCAUCCCAGAGGGUGCCUGCCCUGACGGGUACAACUGCAUCCAACAAUGAUUUGGCAAGUCUCUUUGAGUGUCCGGUCUGCUUUGACUAUGUGCUACCACCCAUUCUUCAGUGUCAGAGUGGCCAUCUUGUUUGUAGCAACUGUCGCCCAAAGCUCACAUGUUGUCCAACUUGCCGGGGCCCAUUGGGAUCCAUUCGCAACUUGGCUAUGGAGAAAGUGGCCAAUUCAGUACUUUUCCCUUGUAAAUAUGCCUCUUCUGGAUGUGAAAUAACUCUACCACACACAGAAAAAGCAGACCAUGAAGAGCUCUGUGAGUUUAGGCCUUAUUCCUGUCCGUGCCCUGGUGCUUCCUGUAAGUGGCAAGGCUCUUUGGAUGCUGUAAUGCCCCACCUGAUGCAUCAGCAUAAAUCCAUUACAACCCUACAGGGAGAGGAUAUAGUUUUUCUCGCUACAGACAUUAAUCUUCCUGGUGCUGUUGACUGGGUGAUGAUGCAGUCCUGUUUUGGCUUUCACUUUAUGUUAGUCUUGGAAAAACAGGAAAAAUAUGAUGGUCAUCAGCAGUUCUUCGCAAUUGUACAGCUGAUAGGAACACGCAAGCAAGCAGAAAAUUUUGCUUAUCGACUUGAGCUAAAUGGUCAUAGGCGGCGAUUGACUUGGGAAGCGACUCCUCGAUCUAUUCAUGAGGGAAUUGCAACAGCCAUUAUGAAUAGUGACUGCCUAGUCUUUGACACCAGCAUUGCACAGCUUUUUGCAGAAAAUGGCAAUUUAGGCAUCAAUGUAACUAUUUCCAUGUGUUGAAAUGGCAAUUAAACAUUUUCUGGCCAGUGUUUAAAACUUGCAUUCAGUUUCACAGAGAAUAAGGCACCUGUCUGCCUGUCAACCUGAAACUCUUGGUAGAUGGAAGCUAGACACAUGAAGGUAAAUAAAAAGAAAGGCUGUUAAACAAUACAGGAAACAGUUGCAUGUAGUAACACUAAUAUAUUUAAAAAUAAGUCAACAGUAAACCACUGAAAAAUUAUAUAUAUAUAUAUACACCCAAGAUGGGCAUCUUUUGUAUUAAGAAAGGAAGCAUUGUAAAAUAAUUCUGAAUUUUGUGUUGUAGAUUGAUUGUAUCGUUGAAAAUAUUGUUUUGUUUUGGCGCGUGUGCGUGUGUGUGUGGUUUUUCUUCCCUUUAACUGACAAGCCAUCUUGAGUGGUCCUGGACCACUGCUUUUCUUUCCCUUUGUGAGUCAGUACAUAGUGCUGCUGUGUGUGUGUGCGCGCGCGCGCGUGUGUGUUUGCUAAUUUUUAUUAAUUCUAGUUUUUCAUUAAAUAAAUUUGACUUUCUUUUCUGUAA